UUGAGAUCCACGUCCUCUAAAGGAAUAAUGGGAGCCCAAAUGGCAAGCCUGGACGACAUCUUGGAGGAGGACAUGCACCACUGGUACACUAAAUUCAUGAAGGAAUCUCCUUCGGGGCUCAUCACACUGUUUGAGCUGAAGACAAUGCUGGAAAUGAACGGAAUGACGGAGGAGGCCAGCAGCUACGUGGACCAAGUCUUCUUCACUUUUGACAUGGAUGGGGAUGGAUACAUAGACUUUGUGGAAUACAUUGCAGCUAUAAGUUUAUUACUAAAAGGAGAAAUAAAUCAGAAAUUAAAGUGGUACUUCAAGCUCUUUGACCAAGACGGAAACGGAAAGAUUGACAAGGAUGAACUGGAGACUAUAUUCAAGGCUAUUCAGGAUAUCACCAGAAGUUAUGAAGUCCCUCCGGAGGAGAUUGUGACUCUUAUAUAUGAGAAAAUAGAUGUCAAUGGAGAAGGUGAGCUGACACUGGAGGAGUUCAUCAGUGGCGCGAAGGAGCACCCCGACAUCAUGGAAAUGCUCUCUAAGAUGAUGGAUCUUACCAACGUCCUGGAAAUUAUCAUCAACGGUCAGCAGAAAAAAGCUGUGAAUUGA